CUCUCUCUCUCUCACACACACACACACACACACACAUGCAGUCACAUUCACACGUAUGAACACAUUUCAUAUGGAGAACAUCUAUGAGAACUUAAUGCAGACUGAUUGAGCUUGAAUCAUUUAUAAACAAAAAUUGACCUAGUUUUCAGCAGAGGUUUUUUGUCAAAAUGGAGAAGCUAAAUUUUGUUAAAGAUGGAGUGAUGACAUUGCCGCCCGGAUUUCGAUUCCAGCCUACAGACAAGGAGAUUGUCUUCCAGUACCUCACAUGUAAAAUAUUUUCCUGCCCUCUGCCUGCUUCAAUCAUCCCCGAGAUCAACGUCUGCAAAUUCGAUCCCUGGGAUUUGCCUUCAGGUGAUUCAGAGCAGGACAAGUACUUCUUCAGCAAAAGGGAGGCUAAGUACCCGAAUGGAACGCGAGCCAACAGAGCAACCUGUUCGGGUUAUUGGAAGGCAACAGGGGUGGACAAAAGAAUUGUGUGUUCAACAAGAAAACAGAUAAUGGGAAUGAGGAAGACACUGGUGUUCCACAGAGGGAAGCCUCCAAGAGUGUCUCGGACGGAUUGGAUCAUGCACGAAUAUCGCCUUGUCAAUUCGCCAACUGAAGCUUGCAAUGUUCAACAGUCUAAGAACUCACCUGAUCAGAAAUCUCUGAUUCAAAUGGGUGAUUGGGUUCUUUGCCGCGUAUUUUUGAAGAAAAGAAGUAUGAUAAAUGAUAGUGAGAUGAAUCAGGAUAGCAUAAGUGACAGGAAUGUUGAGGUGGCUUUGCUGCCUAAUUUUUAUAAUUCCAUGAUGAGCUCAUCUUCUUCUUCUUCUUCCUCUUUGUCUCCUGAUUCCAGUGUCAUCACUGAGGUCUCUUCAAGUGGAUUUGAUCAUGAAGAAACUAGCAGCUAGAAUUUUAUUUUUAUUUUUCAUCUUUAUCUUACUAUUAUAAAGCUAGUAUACCCAAGAAAGCUUUUGUUGUUUCCUUUAUGUUGUACAACCUUUUUUUUGGUAUGGAAUGAAACCUCCCAAGCAGAUUCAUAGUGACAAA